AUGCCGACAGCUGUCCCCCGGCUUGUUUCAUCCUCUGGGCGUUUGCUCACGUCUCGAAGCGGACACGAGUCCGGCGAGUCUCCUCCUGAGGCGGGCAUCGGAAAAAAUCGGUCCCGCUGUGCUCGUAAGACGCUCCGGGCUGUGUGUAUGGCCCAAAUACGGAGCACGGUCUACGAGGCGAUACGAGUUCACGGGUGCGCUGCCCGUGACACAGACUACACCGGUGGCAUGCACCAGCACACAGUAGCCGCGCCCGUCUUCUUUAAUGGCCACGGCCAGAUGUAG